AUGAACAACUUUGGCGUCAUCGAGCUCGCCAGCGCGAAAACAACAUCCGCGCCGGGAUGGGCCUACGUGCCGGACACGGCCAUGGGCCCCGGAUCCGCGGGCAUGCAGCCUGCCAACAGGAAACGCGCGCGCAAUCCGACCGGUGGAGGGCCAAGUCUGGGUGAUUUGACGGCCAGACAAGAGACCAAGAUGCGGAAGGAAGUCGAGGCCCUGGAAAGGGACGGCUCAAAGGAUAACACAAUCCCCCUGCCCGCGAAGGGCGGCCGAACGCAAACCAAGUUCACCCCCAACGUCCGAAAAGUAAUGCAAUCCCAAAAGACAUUUGCGAACCACCUCGACGACUACCUCGCUCUACAAGCCCUCGAGGCCCAACCAUCUUCCAACGCGAGCAAACGGCCCGCGGCCGGCAAGAGGGACACCGCGACGUCUACGCCCAAGAAUUCUACGCACGAUGACGACGUUGUCAUGGCAGACGACUUGCCUCCUGUCUUGCCGCCGCCGUUCAAAGCGCCGCCCGCACCGCACCCCGGCGAUGACGACCCGCUGCUCGUGUCUCGCGUGCCAGAGAUGCCCGCACCCGCCGUUGUCGUAUCUCGAGACGUUGGGGGCCGUGGACGACAGAUAUCCGAGGAGGGUGUUUUGCGAGGUUUGCGGGUAUUGGGGACGCGUCAGGUGUUUAAAGUGCGGGACCAGGGUUUGUGCGUUGGAUUGCUUGGAGACACAUGGGGAGGAGUGUGUGACUCGCCAUGGGCUGUGAGCUGCGGGCUCAGAAUCGCUCUGAGCCCGGCGGUCACGAUGGCUCUCGCCGCUGGAAACUGA